AUGGCGUCAACGGCACACUUCUCGGAGGAGGAGAUGGCAGAGCUACGAGAGGCGUUCAGCAAAGUCGAUGUCAGUGGGAACGGUUUCAUCCAUGCCAAUGAUUUAACAGACGUGUUGAAGGCAGCCAAUCUCCCUCUCCCAGGAUAUAAAGCCAGAGAACUCAUUCAGAAUUUGACAACCACGGGGGAUGGCAGGAUCAGUUUUGAGGAAUUUAUUUCAAUUUUCCAAAAUCUGAAGAGUGACGAUGUUGCUAAGUCAUUCCGAAAACAAAUCAACAAGAAGGAGGGGAUUUGUGCUAUCGGUGGGACGUCAGAGCAGUCCAGUGCCGGCACACAGCACUCUUACUCAGAGGAAGAAAAGUAUGCCUUUGUCAACUGGAUUAAUAAAGCCCUGGAGAAGGACCCUGACUGUAAGCACGUGGUCCCAAUGAAUCCAGAAACAGAUGACCUCUUCCAGGCAGUCGGUGAUGGCAUAGUGCUUUGUAAGAUGAUCAACUUUUCAGUGCCAGAUACCAUAGAUGAGAGAACAAUCAACAAAAAGAAGCUCACACCCUUCACAAUACAGUUCAAAGCUUUAGAUACCUUUGUGGUAGAUGUCGUACGAAUGGAAGAGCAACUAGACAAUACGGUGACCAAUUCCACCUUGAUCGCUCUUCUGAGAGAAGGAGAGAGCCUGGAGGAUCUGAUGAAGUUGUCUCCAGAGGAACUGCUGCUGAGGUGGGCAAACUAUCACCUGGAGAAUGCAGGAUGCAACAAAGUCAACAACUUCAGCUCAGACAUCAAGGACUCAAGAGCUUAUUACCAUUUGCUGAACCAAGUUGCCCCCAAGGGAGAUGAAGAAGGCAUUCCGGCUAUUACUAUUGACAUGUCAGGAUUAAGGGAGAAGGAUGACGUCCAGCGAGCAGAGUGCAUGCUGCAGCAGGCGGAGCGGCUGGGCUGCCGGCAGUUCGUCACGGCCACUGACGUUGUCCGGGGGAACCCAAAGCUCAACUUGGCCUUCAUCGCCAAUUUGUUCAACAAAUACCCUGCCCUGCAUAAGCCAGAGAACCAGGACAUCGACUGGAGCUCUAUUGAAGGUGAAACAAGGGAAGAGAGGACGUUCAGGAACUGGAUGAACUCCCUGGGUGUUAAUCCACGUGUAAAUCACUUAUAUAGUGACCUGUCAGAUGCCUUGGUUAUCUUCCAGCUCUAUGAAAAGAUCAAAGUGCCAGUAGACUGGAACAGAGUCAACAAACCACCAUAUCCUAAAUUGGGUGGCAACAUGAAGAAGCUUGAAAACUGCAACUACGCAGUGGAACUGGGAAAGAAUCAAGCCAAAUUUUCCCUUGUUGGCAUCGCUGGGCAAGAUCUUAAUGAAGGAAACCGUACGCUCACGCUGGCCUUAAUCUGGCAGUUGAUGAGAAGGUAUACCCUGAAUAUCCUUGAAGACAUUGGUGGUGGAGAGAAGGUCAAUGAUGAAAUCAUUGUCAGCUGGGUCAAUGAAACACUGACUGCAGCCGGGAAGGAUUCAACUAUCUCCAGUUUCAAGGAUAGCAAAAUCAGCACCAGCAUGCCAGUCCUGGAUCUCAUUGAUGCCAUUCAACCAGGAUCAAUCAAAUAUGACCUCUUGAAAACAGAGGACCUGAAUGAUGAGGAGAAACUAAAUAAUGCUAAAUAUGCCAUCUCUAUGGCGAGAAAAAUUGGAGCAAGAGUCUAUGCCCUUCCAGAAGACCUGGUUGAAGUAAAACCCAAAAUGGUCAUGACAGUGUUUGCUUGCCUUAUGGGAAAAGGCAUGAAGAAAGUUUGAAGCACAAAAGACUUGUUCUGAUGCCUGGUAUUCACCCUUUUGAUUCCCUCAAACUGGAUGCUCUUCUCCGUAUCAAGGAAAUAUGCAGGGUGCUCAUGCUGUUAAGGCAUGAACGUUAUAGAUGGUUUCAGAUCGUACAAAAGUUGUGUAUCCACAUGUAUCCAGGAAAUGUUUUGUUCUGAGCAGUAAUAUGUGCUUGAUUUCUUUGCCUUAUUUUCCACUUUGCUAGAUAUAACCAUUUCAUAUUCCUGAAUAAGUUUUCAGUAGCGAGGCCUAUACAUAUCCUUUUAUUAAUGGAUAUCAGGGUUUUCUGUCAGAGGUCACCUGGAAAUCUUUGUUUCAGGAGGUACAGACAACUUUUAGGAUUAUGAAAUGUUAUAUACUGCUUCUGCCUGAAAAUGUCUUCAUGCUUUUGGUAGCAUUUCUGCUAUACUUUCCUUUGGUUUGAACC